ACUGCUAUUAAUUGAACAGCGGGGAUGAAGAGACGGCGAGGGAGGGAUAGAGAGAUAUGCUUUGAAGGCUGUCUCUUCACUGGUUCCAGCUGCCCAUUUUGUUGAUUUCGUUUUUAUUUUUCACUUUCAUCGAAUCCCAAACUCGCUCCUGGAACUGUGCCUCUGAUCUUCGCAGGGUUCAUUCCAUUCUUCUUUGGAGAUGCAGGCGGAUCAGCGAAGAAAGGCUUUGACUGAAGUUGAUUUCUUCACUGAAUAUGGUGAGGGUAGUAGAUAUCAAAUAGAAGAAGUGAUAGGAAAAGGAAGCUAUGGUGUAGUUUGCUCUGCUCUUGACACUCAUACAGGAGAGAAGGUUGCAAUCAAGAAGAUAAAUGAUAUCUUUGAACAUGUUUCAGAUUCCACACGAAUUCUUCGUGAGAUUAAGCUUCUAAGGCUCUUGCGUCAUCCUGAUAUUGUGGAAAUCAAGCAUAUAUUAUUACCUCCAUCUAGAAGGGAGUUCAAGGACAUAUAUGUUGUUUUCGAACUCAUGGAAUCAGAUUUGCACCAGGUCAUUAAGGCUAAUGAUGACUUAACACCAGAACACUACCAAUUUUUCCUUUAUCAACUUCUUCGUGGUCUGAAAUAUAUACACACAGCAAAUGUCUUUCAUAGGGAUCUCAAACCUAAAAAUAUUCUAGCAAAUGCUGACUGCAAGCUCAAGAUAUGUGACUUUGGUCUUGCAAGGGUGGCAUUCAAUGAUACCCCCACAGCAAUAUUUUGGACGGAUUAUGUUGCAACGAGAUGGUACAGAGCACCAGAACUAUGUGGAUCUUUUUUCUCCAAGUAUACACCAGCUAUAGACAUAUGGAGUAUUGGUUGUAUAUUUGCUGAAUUACUAACAGGAAAGCCUCUUUUCCCUGGGAAAAAUGUUGUCCAUCAAUUGGAUCUGAUGACUGAUCUUCUGGGAUCUCCUCUUCCUGAAGCUAUUGCCAGGGUACGCAAUGAGAAAGCCAGGCGGUAUUUGAGCAGCAUGCGCAAGAAAAAGCAGGUGCCAUUCUCUCAAAAGUUUCCAAAUGCUGAUCCACUUGCUCUUCGUUUGUUAGAGAAGAUGCUAGCUUUUGAACCAAAGGAUCGUCCUACAGCAGAAGAGGCUUUAGCCGAUCCUUAUUUCAGAAAUAUAGCAAAAGUUGAGAGGGAACCUUCUGCUCAGCCAGUUACCAAAAUGGAGUUUGAAUUUGAGAGAAGAAGAGUGACCAAAGAGGAUAUAAGGGAGCUCAUCUACAGAGAAAUUCUAGAGUAUCAUCCAAAACUAUUGAAGGAGUUUUUGGAGGGGGAGGAGUCAACUAAUUUUAUGUAUCCAAGCGCAGUUGACCAAUUCAAGAAGCAAUUUGCUUAUCUUGAAGAGCAUUAUGGAAAUGGUGCAACAGUGGCUCCACCAGAGAGGCAACACGCUUCAUUACCUAGGCCCUGUGUAUUUCGUUCAGAAAACACAGCACAUAAUUCAAGUGAUGCAGUUAUAGAAUUUUCCAAAUGUUCAAUUAAUGAAGAUGACAAAUCAAAACCACAAUACGAGAAUGGUGUAGAUCCAGUAACAAAGUUUCCUCUACAGAUUUCUCAGAGGUCCCAAGGCACCGCUUUAAGGCCAGGAAAAGCCAAUGCUUCCAUGCUUCGCCAAAACAAUAGUACAAACAGUGGUGCAGAUCCAUUUGAACAAAGAAGAAUAGCAAGAAACCCUAUAACUAAUCCUCAAUUCAAUUCUUCUAAUUGUUCAUACCCUAGAAGAAAUCCAAGCUGUAAAAAUGAGAGAGGAGAUGAGGGUAUUGAAGGAGCCAAUCUGGUUCAGCAUAAACCCUACUUGUCAAGAAAAGUUGCUGCAGCACAAGCUGGUCCUAGCAGCCAUUGGUAGAGCUGUUCCUUCCUCAGUCAAUAAUCUCAGUCGCUCUGAUGCGAAGAUAAAAACCUUGUGGAUUGGAGGUUUUGCAUCUCUAGCGGCCACCAGCUGGGAGACAACAGUAAUACUUUCUUGAUAGAUUGACUGGCAAUUUCUAAAUUAUAUGGGAUGUUUAAUAUUCUAGAUUGGGAAAGAAAUGAUCAUUAAUGUUUGGAUUUAGGAAAUUAAUGAGAAAUAGAUUGGUAAGCUUUGAUCACUGAUUGUAAAUUUAUAAUCAAAACCCAUAUGUUAUUGGGAUUUUGUUUCAUUUCCUUCAAUCCAAACGAAGUCUCUUCUUGUCUAAUGGCGUUCGGCCUCAUGUUUAUGCUGACACAGGGCUUAUUUAUUUGAUUUUGUUUAUAUGAAUGAAAAUUAUUACUAUAAUUUGGUGA